AGACUUUCCCGCUCCCCCACCAGGUCAGAGUUGGGAGGGCGCCCAAGAUGGCUGCCUCCAUGGGUGACCUGUUCUGCUUUUGUGCGGAUCCUGCGGGCCCGGCCCGGGCCAUGGUGGAAGUGAGAUUCAUCAGCAGCCUCAAGGGAAAAGGCUUAUUUGCCACCAGGAAUAUCCAUAAAGGGGAAACGAUCUUCUUGGAGAAGCCUGUGGUGUCAUCCCAGUUCCUCUGGAACGUGCUGUACAGAUAUAAAGCCUGUGACCACUGCCUGCGGGCCCUGGAGACGGCAGAGGAGAACGCACAGAGGCUUCUGGGGAAAAGCCGUCGGGUCCUGCCUCACCCAGAGCAGUGCAGCAUCCGGAAGGAUUUGCAUCAGCACUGCCCCCAUUGCCAGGUUGCGUAUUGCAGUGCUGAAUGCAGGCAAUCUGCCUUCGAGCAAUACCACCAGGUGCUGUGCCUGGGCCCCUCCCGAGAGGACCCCAAACAUCCCCUCAACAAACUGCAGGAGGCCUGGAGAAACAUCCAUUACCCACCGGAGACGUCCAGCAUCAUGCUGCUGGUGAGGAUGGUAGCCACCGUCAAACAGGCAAAGGACAAGGACUGGUGGAUAAAGCUUUUCUCUCAGUUCUGCAGUAAAACGGCCAACGAAGAAGAGGAGAUCGUCCACAAGCUGCUGGGGGACAAAUUUAAGGGCCAGCUAGAGCUCCUCCGGCGGCUCUUCACGGAUGCCCUUUACGAAGAACAUCUCAGCAGGUGGUUUACUCCAGAAGGGUUCCGAUCGCUGUUUGCCCUGGUGGGGACCAAUGGCCAAGGCAUAGGAACAAGUUCCCUGAGCCAGUGGGUCCAUGCCUGCGAUGCGUUAGAGCUUCCCGCGCACGAGCGAGAGCAGCUAGACGCCUUCAUAGACCAGCUCUAUAAGGAUAUCGAGAAAGAGACUGGGGAGUUCUUGAACUGCGAGGGAUCCGGCCUCUAUGUGCUCCAGAGCUGCUGUAACCACAGCUGCAUCCCCAACGCUGAGACGUCCUUCCCGGAUAACAACUUCCUCCUGCACCUCAUCGCCCUGGAGGAGAUCAAGCCGGGAGAGGAAAUCUGCAUUAGCUAUUUAGACUGCUGCCAGCGGGAGCGGAGUAGACACAGCCGCCACAAGAUACUCAGGGAACACUACCUGUUCACCUGCUCAUGCCCCAAGUGCCUGGCUCAAGCCGAUGACGCCAGCCUGACUUCAGAGGAGGAGGAGGAGCUGGAGGGCGAAGGAGAGACGGAUGACGCGGAGCUGGAGGAUGAGAUGACGGAUGUUUGAUCCUGGGCCCAGGGAUGGGGUUCGGCUUUGUACCGGAGACGGGACCGUGGGGAGGGACUGUGCCUGUGUCGGCCAGGGCUGGUGCUGCGGCAGGGAGAGAGCAUGUUAAGGUUUGGCUAGGUUGGGCAGUGGAGGAAGCGGGGAUCUUCCCUGCUCCUGACCAUCCUUCUGAGGGAGUGUGUCUGUAGUCCCCUCUCUCUAGGUAAUGGCUCCGCUUGUCCCAACCACUCCUCCAUGGCUGAGGGAGAUAUCAGCCCACCCAGACAUCGCCUUGGUCUCCUUGUUUGUGUCUGACCCUGCACACAGAGCAAUACGCCAGGGCGGGGGAGAUGGCGCAGGCAGGGAAAGUCCCCUCCCCUUCUGAGCACAGCGCACAAGCCUUAGCACAAGUCUUGUUCCUGACGCUGGGCGAACAACCAGCUACUCCGGGACUUCCUCCGGUGUCAAUAUCUAAGUGAUCUGAGAACUUGGAGAGCAGAGUCCGGGGGGAUUUGGGCACAUGACUUUCUCGGGGCUGUGGAGGGGGGAGAACAGAGGUUUAACCCUGUGGAGACAGUGGCUGUGCCGAGAGGUUGUAGUCUCAUGGACUCAGCACAAGACUGGGAGCCAGGACUCCUGGGUUCUAGUCCUUGCUCUGUUGCUGACUUGCGGUGUGAGCAAGUCACUUACACUCGCUGGCUCUCAGAUUAAAAUGGGGGGGAUGAUCAGACAUUCCUAGCUGGGGGGGGCGGGGGAGUUGGGAGGAUUAGCUGCUCCAUGUCUGGACAAGGCUGAGUAUUUUGAGUUGUAGAUAUAUGUACUCUUAGUGCCAGCAGGUGAAGGGUUAAGUAGCUCUGGGGGUGGAUACAGUCAGCUGGUGGAGCCUCACACUCCUUACCUUGGUCUCCUGCUCCUGCUGCCCUCGCGGGUUGGCCUAGUACUUUUGUUGUGGGGCUUUCACCAUGGGGAGGUCUGUCUGCCCCACCAGGGCAUCAGGCUCAGUGGUGCUGGCCUGUGAGGGGCUCCUGAACGGACACCAAAGGGAAAUCCUGACCCAGCUUGCCGCAGGGGGCUCGACACCGGGGGCCAGUUAUAACGGUCCAUAGGCAUUCCUCUGCUCAGCACUGUAGCGCCAAAACUCGUUGUCACAAGGGAGUUAGGCGCUUAGGAGCCUAUUGACUGUCAGUGCGGUUUUGGCUCUUAGGUGCCUAAAUCCCUUUUAACAAGGAGACAUAGGCUCCUGAAUCAGCUAGGCAUUGGAAUGCUGAGCCCAGCAAUGGCUAAAUACCUCUAAAAACCUGGGCCCCGGUUCUUCUGCAAAGGACCAGGAAGGGGGGGCUGGUCCCACCCCAGGUGGAUUUGCCAAGCCCAGCCCUGGAGCGCGAAGGGAGAAACAGUCGACUCUAUUGUGUCUGGGGGGUGGUUGGAGGGAUCCAUCCUCAGCCUUCCCUUGUGUGUAUUAUCCCACUGACCUCCAAGGGGUGCAAAGGCUGCAGGGCUGGGUCCUGGGGUAUCACGUGACCUUCAGCCAGGCUCUGGAGGCUGAAUCUGCAAGGAGCUGGCAGCUCCUUCUAGACCCACUAGUGUAAGCUCCCCAAGGGACCGCCUGGGUCUGAGCGGUGCCCAGCGCCCACAGCUCCUCUCCAGGCCAGUGGGUUUUGCGAGUGCUCAGCCCCUCUCAGAUCAAACCCUAUCAGAGCAGCGUGGAGCUCUCGGGGGGGAUGGCAAAGGAUCCAGAUGAGAGUUCAGGCCGCCUAGUACCAGAGCCGGAGAUGGGAAGAUGCCAGUCGAUGCGGGAGUCCGUUCCCCUGUGAGGGCAGGACCUGCCCUGCAAUAGAGACUGAGCCGCUUAGAAAUAUCUCUGCCUUCUACGAGGCAGGCAGCUUUGAAAUACGACUGUUGAACCUAUCUUAGCCUUGUGACAGCACAUUCUGCGGGCCUGGAGCUGGGAGACUGACCUAGAAACUUGGUGCCUGCAGAUCACAGGCCAAAUCCUACACUGGUGUAAAUCUGGAAUAGCUUCACUGAUUUCCUCGGAGUUACUCCAAAUUCACACUGGUGUCGCUGAGAUCAGAAUUUGUUUUCACCUUCUUAAGCCCUUGCUGCACAAGAAGUUGUACUUUGAUUUUUGAUCUUGCUUGAAACAAUACAGCAAUAUGUUUAUUUGA